AAGCACUCAAGUAAACCCCCAUCCUAACAACCAUACAUCCAUACGAGCAAAUCCUACAACUCCCCAAACCACUCCUCACCCAAAAAAAGGCAAUAAAAACAUAAUUAAAAAACACAUAAUGGCGACCUCGGCACCAGGUUUGGAAGAAAGUCCGGGUCAAAAAGAAACCUCCGAUCACGGACUCGCCCACUUAUCACUCUCCUCGCAAACCCUUCAUGCAGAUGAUUUCUUGAAUCAGGGACAGGAUGUUGCGCCUGCCAUGCAUGUCUCGACGACGUUCCGGUAUAAUAGGGAUGCGACGCAGCUUAGGAAGUGGGAGGAGCUUGAUGUAUGUAACUAACCACUCUACUUUUCUCUUUCUCCUACAAAGAACCCCCAUUAAAAAAUCCAAAGAUGAGAAGAUAAAAUGAAAACACAAAAAUAAAAAACAUCAUCUAACAAUCUCAUAGCCAAACAUCCCCUACGAAGGCCACAUCUACUCCCGCCACACCGCCCCAAACACCACGCGCUUCGAAGCAAUCUUGUCCCAAAUCCUCAAAGGGCCCACACUAACCUACUCCUCGGGCCUCAGCGCCUUCCACGCCCUGCUGGUCUUCCUAAACCCCAAACGCAUCUCCAUCGGCCAAGGCUACCACGGCUGUCACGGGGUCAUUUCGCUGCAUCAAAAACUCACAGGCCUCCAAAAACUACCUCUAGACUGUCCCGUCGAGGACCUGCAACCUGGGGAUAUCAUCCACGUCGAAACACCACUUAACCCCUCCGGCACGGCGACAAAUUUGAAGGCCUUUGCAGAGAAAGCACAUGCCCGCGGAGCCUUCCUCACCGUCGACGCGACGUUCGCGCCGCCGCCCUUGCAGGAUCCCUUCCUGUGGGGCGCGGAUGUGGUGAUGCAUUCGGGGACUAAGUAUAUAGGCGGGCAUUCUGAUAUGCUAUGUGGGAUCCUGGCUGUGAACCCUAUCCAUGAGGGGGAGAAGUGGGUUGAGAAGAUGAAGAGUGAGAGGUUGGUGUUGGGGAACGUGAUGGGGAAUAUGGAGGGGUGGUUGGGGGUGAGGAGUGUGAGGACGCUUGAGAUACGGGUUUUGAAGCAGGCGGCUAGUACGUCGAAACUAGUUCGAUGGCUGGAUGCUGGGUUACAUCCAGAAAAGUAUUCAGAUGAGAAAACGGAAUUGGGAGAUGAGUUCCCUACACCCGAAGAAACAGAACUCAUCCAAAAAGUCCUAGAGCAAAUCAACCACGCCUCUCUCCAAGCAUCAGACAUCGCCGACGGCUGGCUACCUACCCAAAUGCCCCACGGCUACGGGUCGGUCUUUAGUAUCCUGCUGAAAGGAGAGCAUCUUGCGCGCGUGCUGCCUAGUAAAUUGGACCUCUUCCAUCAUGCGACGAGUCUGGGGGGUGUGGAGAGUCUGAUUGAGUGGCGGGCGUUGACGGAUCCGACGGUUGAUACGAGGUUGUUGCGCGUGAGUGUUGGGAUUGAGGGCUGGGAGGAUUUGAGGGGGGAUUUGGUGAGGGGUUUUAGGGGGUUGUGA